AUGGUGGGAUUUCCGGGUCGGCGGCUGGAAGGUCCAUUAACGGAUUCCGACAGAAGGGUCCUUCGCAGCGGCGCUCUUUGCUGUGGCAUUCCAGCGCUCCUACUAUUCCUUCUUGGUCUAAUCCUGUUGACCACCGGCAUUGUCUUCAUCGUACAGGGACGAAAUUCGGGCGAAUUCAUCUCGUACGUUUUUCUUUUCAUAUGUUAAAAACUGUCCUAAUGUUCUUUAUAAGGCUGCUUUGGUGCCUUUAGUUGAGUAUGGUUUGACUAUGGCUCUCGAUCGUAAAUGAGGUUUGGCAGACUUUAUACGGGAUCACUGGGGCUUUGUAAAUACUGAUUUUGCAUUUUAAGCAAGUCGCAAAGUUCGGAGUUGGUAGAGAAAAAAGUAAGCUUCCAACUCUCCCUUUUAGACGGUAUGACCGAAGCGCGGGACGUUUAUCAGAUAAAAUGCCCAUUGCCAAUAGAAGCGAAGAGACGAUUCCCAGGAAUCAGUCGUGAAGAAGGAGACACGAUUUCCAGGAAAAGAGCUUUAUUCGCCUGACGUUUCGGAUUUCUGCUCGAACCCAUCAUCAGAGACAAAAGCAGAUACGGAUGGUUCAUGUACAAGGGGUUGCAGUAUUUAUAGGAUGCAGUCGCCAUGCUACCGCAUACCUAUGAACAUUCACGGCUCCCUCCUUUAUAAGAGGUCCUUGAACUUGAUGUAUGACUGUUUGAUGGCCGACAUUCGCGUCGUUAAUUACUGUAGUUUCAUCACCUGUGUUGGAUGUUGGUGUGAUGAUUGCUCGACUGUUUGAUCUACGGACCCGGGCGUUGGGAGCAGUGUUCAACUGGACGCUCCACGCGGGGCUAAUUACUGCGCCUAGGCGAGGUCUCAACACUGAGUAUGGAAGGGGAAGGUCGUCGCAGUUGUCAGUGAACCAUAAUUCAAACAGCUCGCGGCUCACGCGGUUGUCUCCUCUAGCGAGAAUUAGACCUCGUCGAACUUGAUUGUGUGGCCGGAUUUCGUUGAAUGAGCCGCAACAUGAAAGCUGGCGUCAUUCCUCCGCACCGCUGCAACGUGUUCGGCCAUUCGCGUUCGGAGCAGUCUCUUGGUUUGUUUGACGUAGUUUCUUUGUUCACAACUGCACCAAGACCAAUAAACGACUCCCGACGUUUCUUGCCGUGACAGCGGGUCUUUCGGGUUCAUUUACUGACGCAUGAUGGUUGUCUCCGGUCUGUUUGCAAUUCCAAAUCCCAGUAGGCGGACAGUUUCCGAGACGUCCCUGACAUACGUAAGCGCUCCCCAAAAUUUGGUGUCCGAUUAGGCCUUUCGUCCAUUUUGCUUAUGCACCGGUUGACGAAGUUGCGCGGAUAGCCAUUGGUUUUGAAUACCCGUCGGAGGUACUGUUGUUCGGCAAUCUUGUCUUCUAGUUCACUGCAGCGUGUUUAAACAUGCCGAUAGGGCGUCCAUACACAAAUACGUUUGUGGUUGGUUGGGUGCUCGCUAGUGAAGUCCACUACUUGCAUUGUAUUUGUCGCCUUCCUAAGCAACCACAAUCCUUUCGGCAUGCUAGGACAUCGAGGAAGGCAAGCUGGUUGUUCUCUACCUCCUUCAUCGUAAAUUGUAUGUCCGGGAAGACCGCAGUGAGACGUUCCUUGAAUGCCAGCGAUUGAUCCCGGUCGAUAACGACGGCGACAUCAUCCGCAUACCGGGCACGUCUCUGCCAUUGUCUUUGAUGGGGGUUUGAGCAGGAAUUCGAGACGUCGAGCGAAUAAGGCUCUUGCCCCAGCGAUCGUGUCUCCUUCUUCACAAACAUUUACAUCGCUUUUUUUAACGCAGUUAGGUCAGUUAAACCUCAUGUUGUAUCAUGGGUUUUCAUAUUUAAAUAGAUGUUUAUCGGACGUAUGUAAAACCCAUCCGUUAGUUGAGAAUGCUAUCCCGUGAAACGCCUUUGACUUUUCUGCGGAAAUGUUGGGUUGUGCGACGACUGCGAGACGUGGAUGUAGAGUGGGUACUUGCGGUGCACUGUUUCCAGGGCAUUGACUGAAUGUGUCUUAUUAUACAUUGGCUGAACAGUUAGGCUCCACUGAGUUCACUUGGAGUGGGGAAUGUCACAGAAUACAGCUGCUAGUUUGUCGUUACUCACUCUAAUAAGAACUUCCGAUAAAUCUAGUUCGAGCGAACAAAAAUGUAACCACAAACUACUCCCUUCUUUCCAGUACAUGGGUGGGAAAUUGUAUAUGGAAAAUUUCAUUUAUAUCAUACAUGCUUAGUUAAAAAUCUUCUUUCGUCCUGCGGGCCCUUAAUUCACUAUAAUGGCUGCAAGGGCCUGAGUACACAUUUAUCCUCAAGUUUAAGAACUGUAAAUUGCGCAAUGACACUGGAGUGACAGAAAAGGAUGCCCCUUAUCUCAACAUGAUCAUCUAUUCGUAAUUUACCAGGCCCGCACGCAUGUCAUUGGCACCCAGGAACGGUUGCCGCACUGCCCGUUUGCAUGCUUGGCCAAUGACAUGAGGUUUGCAGUGAUCCUCAGUGUAGUCCGACUCUCCUCGACCAGUGAUUCCGCUAGUAACACAUAACAACUGUUCGCCUGUCCAUAGCUCGUAUUAAUCAUUCGGCCGCUUUGCAUGACCUCACAAAUGAUCACCUAAGGCCUCCGUCUGCCAAUGGAGGACGACGCCAUUCCGAAAUGAGUCAGCGGCCAGACGGCUUCAUGCGGAGUUAAUGUUAUCGUACAUAGACUCUCUACGCCGUUUCAUCUAGUAAAUGAUCGCACAAACCAGAGCUCGGUUAUUAGCCUUCAUAUCCGGGGGGCGGGGAACGCACAGCCAGUGACCUGUCUCAGUUUCAGUGGAUAAAAUCUACUUGUUAUUUUAAUGUUCUAAUAAGCCACUUUUUGAGAAGUCGACCUCUGGUUGAGAAAAUGGGAUGUAAGAAAGAAAUAAAUACAUUUGGAUUCUGUAGACUUUACAACCUCAUUUUUUAGGCAAUAAAGUACCAUACACAUACAGUCGUUAAUCCAGGAUCACAAGAGCGAAAUCGACACAAACAUUUUAUAUCAAAUUUUGUACACUGCAGUUGGAUCCCGCUUUCCAUAGCAGACUGUUAUUGUCAUUUUAGUGACUAAACUGCCCUGCGGAUAAGCCAGGACGUGAUCUGAAUCCUUAUCAAUCAUUUUUUCUUUCCUUCAGGAAGGAUAAAACAACUGGUAUCCCACUUACCGCAUUUGGUGUCUUCUUCAUACUUGCUUCCGCCAUUUUUUCUACUCGGACAAUGUGCUUGUUAGCAAUCCUAAAGAACUCAAAAGAAUCGUCUGCAAACGUAGAGACAGAUCUUUCAAACGUAAGUCACUUGUGGUUUUAGCAAGUCGUCCUGCACCAGUGCAGUUUUGCAGAAUUUUGAAAGAGAUUUUUAUCUUGCCGAUAAACUUAUUUCAUUUAAAAAACCCGUGUCCGUACUUGCUAAUGCAACCUGUUUAAAAAAUCAAAGUAUAUCUAGACAAAUCAAAACAGGCUGUUUGUAUAACAACUUAAUUGGCGCCCAAGUUCCGAAAACUGGAACUAUUACUCACAAGGGCGGAUGGGACACCUGUCUCCGUUGGUCUGCCGAAUCGGCGGUGCAGAUGCGUGUCUGGCCAGCCAAUUAGAUUAGCGCUUGACCGGGUGGGUCAGAUUCACUCGUUGCCGGUUUCUGUCAAACGCAAGUAAUGCAGCGAAAUUCCAUUGUUCGCUUAUGUAACCUGGCCGCCCAAUCUGUUUUUAAAGGUCAGACCACAGGAUAAUAUAAAUGCGUGGUUUUCUGGCGUCUCUUAGCACGCAACCAUCUAAACAUAGGGUGGUUGCCUGUAGAUGCGCGUGACAUUUUGAUGUUUGAACGACCUUUCUCAAUGCGAGCAUAACAAUAUAGCAACCUCCUGUCACUGCUCGAUGUAAAUUCCAUGCCUUAAGAAUAGCAUCCAAAGUCGUUAAAAGUGCCCAUAAAGCUGGAUUUUCGGACCGAUCUGACCAGAAAAUACAGGCGACAAAGACAGCUUUUGUGUAAUUCAGGGCGUUGACUGGUAAUACACAUUAGAAUGAUAACAUGGUAGCACCAUCGACAUUUAGCCGCGUUAAGCUGCCGACAUUCAAAUAAAUAGGUUGGUAUGUUCACGUCUAGUUAGCACGUUGGGCAUGACAAGACAGGGUUUGCGGAUGGCCUUGAGAAAGUCACGCCCGGUUUGUUUCUGUCUACCGUAUGUGUACUUAAAUGAAGAACUUGAGCGAAUAAAACGGGAAUGGCCGAUUACCUAUCGUAAAUGUUUUCAAAAAUACGAAAACAAUGUAAAAAAUAAUUUGAGAAUGACGAUUGGACCACUGUUUUUGAGAAACGUCUCAAGAUUAUCAGGACCAUAGACUACUUCUGAACGGACAAAUGUUUUGGCAAUGAAUAAGUGCACUAGGUGCCUGCAUUCUUAAAAACCAGCGCUUCACGCAUCUGAUGAUUAAAUGACCCCUAAGGUAAUCAGCAGAUGCAGGCAGCCAGCAUAAUUCGGGCAACGCACUAGCGAGAACCAAGUUUUAUUUCCUUCUCGUGUUAAUUCUGGAGGGCGAUAUUUUAGAAAAAGUCAAAAGAACUAUGCGCAUCCCUUUAUAACAUGAGUUGGUUCUCUUCGUAGAACAUCAAGUUGCAUAAAAAGGGAACCUCUCGGUUACUUUUCGCUCGUCGCAUAGGAUUUCUUUUUGAGACACUUGUAAAUAUCCGUCAAAGGUUAAGACUUUUAUUACGAAAAAACCGGCCAUAAGAAGACUCGGUCUUUACACUGCCAGUGCCUAUAAGGAUGUGCUUUUCAUCUUGUAGCAGAAACUCAUAAAAUAUCAAAGAAUUACUACAGAUAGAUAGCCACGUGCGUAAUUCCGCUGUAUUUUCGAUCCUCAUAGCCGAUAGGUCACUUGUCAUAUCAGAAAGCUGCAAUAUCCAGGUCAGUAUAUAAAGAUUCCGCGUACGAACCCCGGAACUUCGAGGCUCAGGGUAAGGCUGCGACCGAUCAAAAACGAAAAACGAUCUUGGAUAGACACUUGUCAUAAGCACACCUUAAUGGAAUUAUCGGCGACAACAGAAGGUCGGUGCUCUAUGAAAAAUCAAAAUAUGCGUAUUGUGUCCAACAUAUCCUACCUUCGAUCGUGACAAACACAUGGGCGUUGUCGUUACUCACAGCUACAGACAUCUUGAAUCUACUGAAUUCCCAGCUGGUAAAAUCCUACUGACACCCUUAGCUCAUGAGUUAUUACGAACAGAACUGUAGUCUGGCAGGCUAUCUCAUUAAAUCGUUUCUUGUUACGGCCAUCGUCAGAGCCAGUGUUGGGAUUAAGAGCAUGCCUGUAAGUUGGAUUUUAUGCCUCGCCCAACUUUGCACGCCAACAAGAUAUUCUCAAAUGCAGACUUCAGCCCAUCUACUACCCUAUGGCGUGGGGUUCAGAAAAUCUGGUUCCAAAUGUGAAAACCUUUGAGUGAAGAUGUCGUCGAAACGCCAUUGUAUUCAAAUUCGUUUCAUUUUUUUAGUUGACUUCAGUUUAGGACGCCUGUUUGUUCCGCUAGACUUUUUGGCUGGAUUGAUGCACAGUUUGUAGAAAGCUAGCCGACAUUUACCGCCGUCCUCUCUGAGUGAGAUCGCCAAGAAAAAUCUCAAAAUGCGUAAGUCAGUAAAAAAAUUGGUGAGAUGUGGUUAUAUAGCCCCACCUGAAGUAAACAGACCCCAGCCACCUGAUAUACGGGACCGGUGGUAAUUGGGGUCUUUGGGGUUGGGGCCGGUUAAUGCACAGGCGACGAGAUCAAGUAGUCGUGUGCAAAAGAAAAGCUAUAAGGAAUGCGCGGUUCUGCAUAACUCCUAACCUCUUACCCUAACCCUUAACCCUAACCCCUAACCAUAACCACUUGCCGCGACUCCAACAGUAUUGUGUCCAUCAGGUGGGGCUACAUAAACACAUCUUAUAUUCAUUCUGUUCGCCAGCUGCAAGCCGCCGAUACUGCAGGUUCCAAAUGUCAUGCACUUGUCGGAGCACUGCAACCUCACUUACUCAUGACAGAGUAACAUGUGCUAUGUCUGGGCGUAUUUGAGGUAUUUGCCAAACAGUAGGUGGAGGAUGAGGCACUUGGCAGACUAGCGAAACGGCUCCGACGUAGAAUCAUGGUAGUUUGAGCAAUAUGUUUCUACCGUAGACACGAACGACUGGUUGAAACUUGCAACCUCGGAUUUGGAAAGGGUCAAGUGGUUUUGUCGCCAGAACAUGGGUUCUAUUAAUUACAUCAGCUCAGUGCUUUCGACGUCUUAUGAGCAGAUGACGACUAACGACAAAAAGUAUGGCAUUAAACACAUAGACUCGUUAGCUUUGAGCGCAUUAGUCGACCCUUAAGUAGUAUCGCGGGAGAUAUUUUGUGAUUAACUUCCUUCCCAACUUUAGUAAUUAGAGGGCUUUUAGUUGGUACCUGUGUUUUCAAUGUGUUAAAAAAAUGCCAAAAUGCCUGCCGGCGUUUUGUGAAUAGUACACGGUUAUUUCGCCGUAGCUGAUGGAUUCUAGCUCAGAUAUUCAUACCAAGUUUCGGACCGUGUAUGUAAAGGUCAGUUCUCAAGGAUAUAUUCCAAGUAAACGCAUUAGUUUCCUUGGAAAGUAAACAAGGCAAAGUAAAACUGGAGUUCAUAUACGGAGAAAUACACGGGGAAGGCCGGGGACCCAACUGAUGAGCCGAACUCCUAGUACGUUCUUCGGGGAGCGACACAAGAUCGGCGAACCCCCGGUGUCUGCGCUUUUAACUAACAUCUGUGUUUCCAGAAUGGUAAAUAAUUACACAGUUUAGUGGGAUUAUUAGCUGUUCAGAACGGCUGUCCAUAACACUGAGAAAACCUUUGGUACAUUAAGCGAAAUUUGCCGUCCAACAACCAGGAGUUAAGGCAAAUAUGUAAGAAUAAGGUCAUCCCAGGUUCUCAUAUUAUUGUUGUUAUCUAUAUUAUUGUCUUUACUUUCCCGGCUAAAUUAAACUGCGCAAUCAUUCAUUAUCCAAUCAUCUAGGUAAUAUUUGCCACAAUAAACAUAUUUUAUUGUAAAUUUUAGGCCGCCUACCCACGCCAGGAGUACGGAACCUAUCUCAGCAAAGACCCCGCCCCUCCACCUCCGUACGAACUUGCGACAAAACAAUAA